GAACUACGUUUCCCAUGAUUCCCUGCAUUCCAGAAUGAGGGAAAUGGGGGGGUGCAUGUUUCCGGAGAGUUUUCAACCCUGGCAGCUUGUUUACAGAGGAAACUCAGGCUGAUCAGGGAAGAAGCUUUUCGUGUCGUUGCUGCAGGGAAGUUUUUAAAUUAUUUAUAGCGGGUUUGUUGUGUAAAAUGGAUCCUGAAUGCAGGAGGGCAGAAGGGCAAGAAGGAGGGAGGGAGGUGAAAGGUCACCAUGGCUCUCGCUGAUCAGGUGACAGAUGUUUCAGAGUCGGGCUGCUUGGAGACUUUUCACGCGAAAUUGCACUAAACUUCAGGGGAAAAAGGAUGACAAGCCAGGGGAAGUCGUACAGCACAGCGGAGGAGCCCGAUGAAGCCAUGUCGUUUGGAUAUUAUGAUGAUGAUGAAGAUGAUGAUGAUGAUUUUGGGGCGUUUGUGGAGGAUGGAGUGUGUGGCUGCGAUGAAGGAGUAUUGGGCUUCCAAGAUCCUUUCUGCAGCGAGGUGAAGCCUCGGAUCCUGCUGAUGGGUUUACGGCGCAGCGGCAAGUCUUCCAUCCAAAAAGUGGUCUUCCACAAGAUGUCCCCCAACGAGACUCUGUUCCUAGAGAGCACCAAUAAGAUCUGCAGAGAGGACGUUUCCAACAGCUCGUUCGUCAGCUUUCAGAUCUGGGACUUUCCCGGGCAGAUCGAUUUCUUCGACCCCACCUUCGAUUACGAGAUGAUAUUCCGGGGCACGGGGGCACUCAUUUUCGUCAUUGAUUCUCAGGAUGACUACGUGGAAGCAUUGAGCAGACUCCACCUCACUGUGACCCGAGCCUACAAAGUAAACCCGGAUAUCAACUUCGAAGUGUUUAUCCAUAAAGUGGACGGCCUGUCCGAUGAUCACAAGAUCGAGAAACAAAGAGAUAUCCUCAAACGUGCCAACGAUGACCUGGCAGACGCCGGCUUAGAGAGGAUCCACUUAAGCUUCUACCUGACCAGCAUCUACGAUCACUCCAUUUUCGAAGCGUUCAGCAAAGUGGUGCAGAAGCUCAUUCCACAGCUCCCAACUCUGGAAAAUCUACUCAACAUUUUCAUAUCUAAUUCAGGGAUCGAAAAGGCGUUUCUGUUCGACGUGGUCAGCAAGAUCUACAUUGCCACAGACAGCAGUCCAGUGGACAUGCAGACAUACGAGCUGUGCUGCGACAUGAUCGACGUCGUCAUUGAUAUUUCCUGCAUCUACGGUCUGAGUGAGGAUGUAGCCGUUUCUCCGUACGAUAAGGAAUCCAUGGCCAUCAUCCACCUCAACAACACCACGGUCAUGUAUCUUAAAGAGGUCACCAAAUUCCUGGCGCUCGUCUGUUUUCUCAGGGAAGAGAAUUUCGAGAGGAAAGGACUCAUCGACUACAACUUUCACUGUUUCAAGAAGGCCAUCGAGGAAGUGUUCGACCUGCGGCUGAAAAGCCAGAGAAGGCGCAAACUUUGGAGCCAGAGGAGGUGGAGCAAGCAGAGCGUCCCGAACGGGACCCACACUCAGCAGCACUGACUAAACACAAUGUUAGGAAUAAAACCAAGCCAGAAGAUUCAUACAAAAUAGAUUCACUAGCUAUUUUAAUUCUGGGUGUGUUUAUCAGAUUUUCUAAUAUCAGUCAUUAUUUUUAUAUUAAUAUAAUAUUAGUUUUGUCAGUGUGUGGUGGUAGUAGAUUGUUGAGGGUAAUGCAAGUCAAUGUUAAGAGAAAAGAUAAGAAUUGUGUGUGUGUGUGUGUGUGUGUGUGUGUGUGUGUGUGUGUGUGUGUAAACAGUAUAUACAUAUGCUAUAUGGACAAAAUGUUGAAACACCUGAAUCUUCCAGUCAAAUUGCAGGCACACGAUUGUAUAGGAUGUUUUGGAUGUGCUACAUUUACAUCUUCUUUUUACUUGAACUCCUAAGCACAAAGCCAGCCAAGGAGUUUGCAUGGGCUCUUAUAGCGCUCUGACAUCACUGAACACCAUUUUAUGAAUUUGUAAAAUCCAAAAUAUAGUGGACCAUCUUCCCAUAAAAGCGGAGGACAAUAUAAAAGCCGACAGGAACUAAAUGUGGAAUGAAAUCUUCAAAAAGCAAAUACGAAUCCCAUAGUCAGGUGUCUUCAAACUUUUGUCCAUGUGGCUUUAGAAACUACUCCAACUGAAUUGCCAUAUACAAACUGAUUUCAGGAGAAUUACCUACAAAAAUUAAUUUGUUGGCACGUGAGCAAAGAUUAACGAAAGCUUAUAGCUAACAGUGUACCGUCUAGCUUCAGCUGAAGCCUGGAUCAGAAAAGUAAUUUGCAUCUAAACAGUCACACAGAACAGUUAAGAUAAUUGAGCGGUAAUUAUAAAAAUUGUCAUCUUUUUUGCAGCUAAAUCACAAUAUUAUUGAUAUCAAUUUUUUCUCAGGCACAGUUGAAUGUACUUGUCAAACCAGAAAUUCUUUUUAAGGCUGCUGUGAACAAGGAAUAGAAAUAUACCAGUGCAAUAACAAUACUAAUAAUCAUUAUCAUCAAAAUAGUAAUAAUAAUAGAUGUCUUGACAGAUAGUGUAUGAUCUGAAAGUACAUUAGAUGAAGAAUCCUUGAUAUAAAGCAGCAUUUGGAAGUUUUUUCCACCAUUUUAGCAUCUGGAAAAAAAAACAAGAUCGGCUUAGCCCUGGAUAUGAGCUCAAAAGCGAUUCUAUUGCAGGAAUUGAUAGCAAACACUGCUGAUUAAUGAAGUAUUCAAUCUUUAAAAUACUCAAUGUUUGCUUUCAGUCUGGUGACAUCCUUUUGUACAGGUUUAAUGAUAUCAGUGUUAUACAAAGCUAGAAAUUUAAACAAAUCUGACACAGAAUUCAUCAGAUGUUAAGGAGAACAUGUGGCAAUGUGUUGUAUUUGGAACUAGUGUAGAGGUGACAGAAAUUUCUUGUGUUAGUUACUUGAGUCGUGUGGCUUCAAAAUGAACAAAUUUGGGCACAAAGCCUAUAUUUAUUUGUUACAAUUGGGAGAAAUCAGGGUUUGUUUUUGACAAAAUUGUAGCUUGAAGAUUGAAAAAGAAAAUACUUAAAAAGAAAUGUUUGGAAAAAGUCGAAUGUUGAAAGUACAUCGUUUUUUUUUUGUAUAAUCUCUUCUUUUCUACUACUUUUGCUCUUAACAAUAAACUUCACUCCUGUACAUAUCUGUCAUAUACAGUAUUUGUACAGUAUCUAAAAUAAAUAAAUUUAGUACACCCCUCACAUUUCAGUAAUCAUUUAAUAUGUUCUCAAGGAACAAUACUAUGUUUGCUGAAAUUUGAGGGUGUACCCACUUUUGUAAGAUACUGUACAUAUACUGUAUAUAUAUAUAUAUAUAUAUAUAUAUAUAUAUAUAUAUAUAUAUAUAUAUAUAUAAUAUCCUUUUUUUCUGUUUUCCCAUUAAAAAGUUGUAAAAUAUCCUUCAAGAAAUGUUACAGUAAAAAUUCAGUUACAAGGAAGUAGAAGUUAAAAAGUUUGUAAAUGAAUAUUUAUUUAGGAUUGUGUGAAAUUCUUGCAUUUAGUUAAAUGCUGAUAGAACUGCUUUAGUACUGAUGUCUAAUUUUCGGUUGUUGUUGUAACACUAUAUUCAAUGUUCAAAUGUGUGAUUUACAUAGUCACAUACAAAGCCUUAAUUUAAGUCGUUUGUCAGUAGUUUUUUGUUGGAAACUAAUUUGAAACGAAGUAUUUUUAAAACAAAUCUGUGUUCAGCUCUUUAUACUCUCUGUUUAUUAAGCGCUAAAUCGUAAAAAAAAAAGUUUAUUUGUACUAUUAAUAAAGAAGAUCUUUAUUAAUAAAAUGGU